UGUACUCGCGUCGCGGUCGGUUGUUAGUAUGGUAUUACUCCAGUAUAGUAAGUAGUAACGUAACAUCAUCGCGUGUGCCAUUCUCUGGGGAACCAUUGAAUCGAACUGUCGUCAGACCAGCGGUUUCGUACCUUUUGAAUUUACGCUAUCACGUGGUGCUAGAAUUUAAAUUGUAAAAUACAAUAGUUAGACGGUGAAUUAUUUUAUAUUCAAAAUACUUCUUGAAUGUUCGUUUAAUAAUUUUCACUAAAUUUGAAGUUUUCGAUUACUUCAAUAAAUUAUCAAAAUGUUCAGUCAAAAGCAUUGGAUAUUGUUUCUCGAUUUCGUACUACUAGUUCUGGUUUUGAUCGCAAUGGGUUUGGUAGAAUUCGGAACUAUUCCACACUUGCAAAGCAUCGGCUUUUCUUGUGGCGAUCCUAAAAUAAGCUACAAAUACAAGGGCGAUACGGUGGAGUCUCAUGUGCUUAUACUGGUUACACUCAUAAUUCCAUACUUGGCCGCAAUGACUACCGAAUACUUUGCUAAAGAAAAAAACAAAUUUAAUUCCGGACGGUAUGAAUGGUUUAAGGAAUCAUUGCGGUGGUAUCGGCAAUAUAUCUUAGGACUGAUAUUCGUAUUUUUUAUAACAGACGUCGGUAAACUCCUGAUUGGUGAACCUAGGCCACAUUUUUUAGACACUUGUCAUCCUAAAGAAGCCGAUAACUGCACUAAUAAGUAUAUUGAUCGUUAUACAUGUAUGAAUCCAAAUGAAAGCACUUAUAUUAUAAGAGAUGCUAGCAAGUCAUUUCCAUCGGGCCAUGCUUCCAUUUCAGUGUACGGAUCAAUAUCUUUGGCCUGGUAUCUACACAAUAAAUGCAAAUCGCGUUCGAUGCUGUUAAUGCCAGUUUUACAGGCGUUGUGCAUACUUUGGGCCAUGUUCUGUUCUUUGACACGAAUCACAGAUCAUAGACAUCAUUGGUGGGACGUGUUGGCUGGUUCGAUCAUUGGAAUCGUGAUCACCACUUACAUUAACGGAUUAUUCGAUAGACAAAAAAACGAUAACAAAUCACAUUCGACAACUGAAACCUGGUCCAACGAGACUACGGACAACGGAUAUUUUACUGCAGGAAGACUCUUAAACGUCGUUCCUGAUGGUAAAAAUCCAUCUCUGAAUUUGUAAUUUUCGCCAAACUGCAACUAUGUACACAUAAAAUACUCACUUUAUAUAUUUUUACACUGUACAGCAUUAUUGUUAUUGAAACGAAAAAUUAUUUGUUAAUAUUUAAACAUCAGUAUUCUCGCUAUUUAAUUGUAUAUAUUUAUAUUAAAAUACAUAUUAUUACUAUGUAAAUUACAUUAGAUAUAGAAAUGCGUGACAAAUUAAAAUUUUUAGAAGAUGCGUAGUUCGCGCGUUUGAUCCCAUUAUUUUAUACAUUUACCUAAACCUAUAAUUUUUAACUAUUUUUUAAUGUUUGUUGACGUGUACAUAUCACUAUUAUAAUAAUGUAGUUUUAAUUUACUAA